UCUCUCUCUCUCUUAAUACCAGUUGCUCUAGAGUCUUUUGCAAGAAAUAGAUAUUCUGAUUGGCGCUUCUCUCACUAGGUUUCAGACGAUACUGUUGAGAGAUUCAUUUGUUCAUUGUCGUUGCCAGGUACCAAGAUGAUCAGAACCAUCAUGUUUAUAAUCUGCAAGUUAGGAGGGGGCAUUGUUGUUUCAUAAGGGAGUGAGGCUGUAAUUUGGCAAUGGAAGAUUGUCGUUCUGAGAAUAGUCCCAGAAGGAUCUUCGGCUUCUCUAACAAUAAGAGGGAGACUGUGUUCUUUCCAGAUUCAGAUGAAAAGGGUUAUGGGUUUUGUGUUUCUGGAGAGCGUGGCCCCAAGCCCUCAGAAGUUUAUGGAUUUGUAGGGUCCAUUUCAACUCUCGUUGCCACAGUUAUUUUCCUGGUAUGGGCAUAUGUUCCUGAGAGUUGGCUGCAUUCUGUUGGGAUAUUUUACUACCCUAGCAGGUACUGGGCAUUAGCGGUUCCAGCUUCUGCUAUGGUGACAGUGGUAUUUGCAAUUGGAUUUUACACUGGACUCAACUUCUUGGCAACCCCUCAUCCAACUUCCUACAGCACAAUGUUUGAUGAAUUCAGCAGGGAUCCUAUUAGCUUUGUCUUUUCGGCAGAAAAACAUGAGCAGCCCAUUGAACCCAUAGCUGAUAUUGGCAUCAACCAAGUCAAUGAUCUCAUGAGGAAAUGGCCUCUCAAAAUAUUUAGAGCUGUUUCUGGCACUAAACUCACAGAAAUGCUGCUGCUCUCAUAUUUGCUAGGAGGAAAUGGCGUCUCAACUUAUUUAGAGAUGCACACACGAACAAAGUUGCCUCUGCUCACAGCCGGUGCUCCAACUGUUAUUGCUUCUAGCCAACAUCGGCUAUGGAUCACGCCCAUCAUCAAUCAUCGCCACUGGAGAUGGCUCCCUAACCUAGUAAAAGGAACUGGAAGGUUGGUGCCAACUUCUGUCCCUUUGGCAGCAUUUUGGCCCUUUACUGAAUUGGGUGAAGUAUGA